GGGGUGGGUGUGGGGGUGGGUGGGGGUGGGUGUGGGUGUGGGUGGGUGUGGGUGUGGGUGUGGAUGGGUGUGGGUGUGGGUGUGGAUGGGUGUGGGUGUGGGUAGAGAAUAGAAUUUCCAAUACCCACACCCACACCCACUUAUCUUUUCAUUGAAAAACAACUAAUGCACCAAUGUACAUUCUAUAUCCCCACCGCGACAUUUCAAGGUAAGUCGUUUACGUUUUUCCCUAUUUUAGAGAAGUUUAAGCAAAAUGUUUAAGUGAAAAGGUAGGAGAUGAUUGUAAUUGUUGAUAAAAGAUCUAAUAUAGAAAAUUAGAUCCAUCAGAUAGAGAAGAGAACUCUCUUUCUUCUAUAAUAAAGUUCUUUGUUCUUAAAAUUUAUUUUAAUUGAAAGUCUAUAGUUUUGAAAAGGCAACCAUCGACAUGUCAGAGUAUCAAUAUCCAUAACAUAUCAAUGUUUAGAUUGCUAUGCAAAAGACAAAGUUCUUUGUUUUUUUUAAAGUGAAGUGCACAGUUUUGUAGAGCGUGAAAUUUUCUUUCCUUUGUCAUUUAAUUGAACACUUUUUUGUUUUGAUAAAUAGUAAAUGAGGGAGACAAAAAAUGCAUUUACAUCUAGUCCAAUUCAAUGUAUUUCUAUUAUCUUCAUAACCAGAUUUAACGUUAUAAUAAAUACUGGUAAGACUAUCUCUAUUCAAUUCCAUAAUAGAUUUAAAUGAUGGAUAAACUUCAUUACAUGAUCAUAAUUCAUCAUCGGAUCGAAUCGAUACUUCAUAGAUACUUUCAUAUUGACCAGCCAGAAAGUGCAACAACAUCAUUUUGUUCUUAGAAAAAUCGAUUACACCACGAAAGAGAAACAAGAAAAAAUAAUCUAGGAUUUCCAAAUCGUAUUGAUUUUUUAAUUAAUUUUAAUGAAUUUGUUUAUGAUACAAGAAUCUAUACGAAUCACCUUUAUCACGUCUUGAUAGAAUAACUAAACGAGCAUAGGGAUAAAGAAAUACUUUACUUAUUAUAUCUACCAUUUGAACCUCUAUUUAAAAAAUAUAUAUAUAUAUAUAUUUGUAAAUAUGUACUUUAAAUUUAACCUGGAAAUGAUGAAGUUUUUCUGUCUUUUGAUGUUUUAUCAAGACAUCGUUAUUGUAAAAUUUUCUCAUUUAAAUGUAAAAUAAAAAGAUUAUUUAAUACAACGAGAUGAUUCAUUUUUGUAUUUUUGUCAAAUCUAAAUAUUUCUUUUUUUUUUGACUAGAAAUAACUAAAUAGAAUAAGAUAACUUACGGUUCGAUGGUAGCUCGCUCUUGAGAAAGAUAGGCUGGAGACUGGUAUCCACUGUAAUAUUCUGAAAAAAAAAGAAAAAAAGACCUGUAGAUAUACAUAAUUAAAAUAUAUGCUGGUUUUUUCUACGACGUCAAUGAACAAAAUUCUUGCAUGAAAUACUUCAUUGAUAUAAUAGAAGAGUAGAAUUCUCAUCCGAUAUGAUCUGAUCAGUUAUAACUGAAAGAAAUACUUGGACACCUUAGUUUUAUGUUUUCGUUUUUUUUUCUUCAUAAGAAUAGAAUUAGUAUUCGAGAAAACUUCGGAGGGUAAACACUCGAUUGACACGAUAAAAUAGGUUUGACAUUUGAGAAUUAAAUAACCACUAUAGAACCGAUGUUUAUUCUAAUUGAAUAUCCAGCAGUAUCAUAAAGAGAUGUGAAAAAUAUCUUUAGCACUCAUUAAACACUCUAAAUAGAGUUUUGACGAUGAGAAAUAUUUCUGAGUCUAUAUUUAUAUGUCGGAUUGAAUUUAUUUGGUCGAAAAACAAAAAUCAAUUUAUCAACUUAUAAUCUUUGAGGGUGUGGGUGGGUGUGGGUGUGGGGUGUGGGUGUGUGUGGGUGGAUGUAGGCGCAGUUGUGAAUGUUACUUUUUUUGACACCCACACCCACACCCACAUUCAACAUAGUUUCAUUGGAAGAGAAUAUGGACAAAUUGGUUCAUAUGUGCAUUUUGAACCAAGAACGCCAAUAGACGAAUUCAGUUUUAAAGAAGUAAAGGCUGUAGUGAAAUCCCAUAUAUAUUCACUUCCAUAUCAAUUCGAACGUUUUCUUCAUCUCAACAAUUCUUUUCAAGGUGGCAUGUUUAUUAAAGCCCGAUGCUUAACAAUGACUGAUACAUAUCCUUUCGAACAUCAAUUAUUCAAAAUUAUUUCUGAUGAUUUUCCUUUUUUGAAAGAGUUGAAUAUAAACAAUGUGGAACCACAAAAAGAGAAGCAACAUUCUUCGACAUUAAUUAAUUUUCCUCAUCUUAAUCUUCUCAAUCUUGUUGAAGCACAUGUUGAUUAUGCUGAGCAAUUUCUCGUCGAUACGAACACUCAUUUACCUUGUUUGUUGGAUCUCUGCAUCGAAUAUAAAUCACUCGCAAUGGUAACAAACAACUUCACUAAUGAUACAACACGUCUUUAUUGUGCUAAAUUAAAAGGACUUCAUAUAGAUAAGCCGUUUGUUCGAUCAAAACGUUUUGAUGAGUAUUUUCCUUUAUUAUUGUAA